AUGGCAAAUCAAACCAUAAUAACCGAGUUUAUACUCUUGGGGCUGUCCAGUGACCCACAUCUACAAGUUUUUCUCUUCUUGUUGUUUCUAAUAAUAUUUGCAGUGACAUUAUUAGGAAAUGCAACAAUCAUUGUGGUGAUUCGGAUGGAGGCUGGCCUCCAAAGUCCAAUGUUCUUUUUCCUCAGCCAUCUAGCCUUUGUGGAUAUCUGCUAUUCCUCCAUCACUCUCCCAAAGAUGCUGGAAAACUUCAUUGCCAAGAACAAAACCAUUUCCCAGAAAGGAUGCAUCACUCAGAUCUUUUUCUUUUCCCAGUGUGCUUGUGCUGAGGUUUUCAUCCUGUCAGCCAUGGCUUUUGACCGCUAUGUCGCCAUCUGUGACCCACUGCAUUAUUCAACUAUUAUGAAAAAAACUGUCUGCAGACAGCUGGUGGGUGGAUCCUGGUCAAUGGGUUUCUUAUACGCGAUGGUGAAUGUAUUGCCAUUGGUGAAUGCCCAGUUUUGCGGGAGCAAUAUAAUCAAUCACUUUAGCUGUGAACUUCCUUCCCUCUUGCCGUUGUCUUGCAGCGACCAUCUCAGCAAUUAUAUUGUGCUUCUCAUCAGUGAAGUAGUAUUUGGGUUAAGCUCAUUCCUCCUCACCCUUGUCUCUUACAUUCACAUAAUCUCCACCAUCCUGAAAAUUCACACAGCAGAAGGCAGAAAUAAAGCCUUCUCCACCUGCAGUUCCCACCUCAUUGUGGUUGGCUUAUUUUACUCUGCAGCUUUUUUUGGGUACAUGAAGCCCAGUUCUGAUUCUUUUAUAGAACUGGACAAAGUGGUGUCGAUCCAGUAUAGCAUCUUAACGCCCCUGUUAAAUCCUAUCAUAUAUAGCCUGAAAAACAAUGAAAUUAAAAUGGCUUUAGGGAAAAGAUUUGGAAACUUUAGGUUUUUAAAAUAA